UCCCAGGGGUAACAUGUUAUGGUCCUACUGACCCUCGAAGUGUAUCUGCAUAUAAUGAAAUUGUCCUGGAAAAAAUGAGUAAACCAGGAAAUAAGUCGAAAGAACCGGCUGCGCCGUCGGCCAGCUUGAAGCGAAUUAGUGAAAAGAAGUUGGAGGCUUUUACCGUGGGUACGUUCUCAAAGCGGCAAUUGUCAAAAAAGGAGAUUGAGGACCAGAAGAAAAAAGAAGAUGCAGCAGCAGCAGCACAUGCCUUCAAAGAGUUUGUGGAAACCUUCCAAGAAGCACCCACACCCUCCUCCAAAGUUUGGGUCAAAGCCGGCACAUAUGAUGCUGGAUCGAGGAGAGAGGAUAAAUCGGAGAAGGGAAAACUCUACAAACCCGUAUCCAAGCUUCUGGAAAAGAGCUCCACCGACAAGGUCGAGGAAUAUGCUAAAACCCUAGCCUCGGAUCUUAAAAAGGAGUCAGGCCCUAAAAAGAAAAACCAGGAGAAGAAGAAAAGCAACUUGGAGCUGUUCAAAGAGGAGCUGAGACAAAUCCAAGAAGAACGCGAGGAGCGCCACAAAUACAAGCACCUAGCUGUAAGCCAUUCCCAACCAGUUCAGCAACCGGCGGCAGCAAGUGCUCCAGCGGCGAGCAGCAGUGCCUCCACCAACUCCCAGGCUUCCAACAGUUCCAAGGAAUCGGGAUCCUUUGAUACCGGCGAUCCAAAUACGACCAACCUUUACCUCGGUAACCUAAAUCCGAAAAUAUCCGAGCAGCAGCUUAUGGAAAUCUUUGGGCGAUACGGACCAUUGGCCAGUAUCAAGAUUAUGUGGCCCCGCUCUGAGGAGGAAAAGCAAAGGGGUCGCAAUUGCGGCUUCGUCGCUUACAUGAGCAGAAAAGAUGCUGAAAGGGCGCUGAGGACGCUCAAUGGACGCUACAUCAUGGGGUACGAAAUGCGACUAGGAUGGGGAAAGACGGUACCAAUAAUGAACACGCCUAUUUUUGCCCCGCAAGCGUUGCUGGAAAUGACCCUUCCUCCUCCUCCAUCGGGAUUGCCCUUUAAUGCCCAACCGCCACCAAGCGAGGCAGACGUUUUGCCGAAGAAAAACUACAAGGAGUUCGACAAGGAAGAGGACAAGGAAAACAUGGAGCGCAUAUUGGCCAAAUGCGUCGUUAAAGUUCAUAUUCCAACAGAGAAAGCUGUGCUUAAUGUUAUCCAUCGGAUGAUAGAGUUUGUCAUCCGCGAAGGACCGAUGUUUGAAGCUCUGAUCAUGAUUCGCGAAAUGGAGAAUCCUUUGUUUUCUUUCCUGUUUGAUAACGAGAGCCCAGCACACAUCUAUUAUAGGUGGAAGCUGUUUUCCCUGCUGCAGGGAGACACCCCCAAUGAGUGGAGGGAGGACGAGUUUCGUAUGUUCAAGAACGGUCCGGUCUGGCGGCCUCCGAUUGCUAACUUUUAUACGCAAGGCAUGCCAGAUGAGCUCGUCGUGGAUCCGGACGCUCCUGUUGUAAACAAGGGAGCAUUGUCAAAUGCGCAACGAGAUCGUCUUGAGGAUCUAAUUAGGCAACUUACUCCAGAACGAUCUCGCAUUGGGGACGCCAUGAUUUUCUGUAUAGAGCAUGCAGAUGCAGCUGAUGAAAUUUGCGAGUGCAUCGCCGAGUCUCUGUCCAACAUAAAUACACUGGCCUCGAAAAAGAUUGCUAGACUGUAUCUGAUCUCAGAUAUAUUGCACAACUGCACGGUUAAGGUGGCUAAUGCUUCCUUCUUUCGAAAAUCUGUGGAGAAGCAGUUGUUGGAUAUCUUUGAAAAUCUGCAUAAUUACUAUCAAAACAUUGAGAGCCGAUUGAAAGCGGAGGGCUUCAAAUCCAGAGUCUGCAAUGUGAUUCGCACCUGGGAGGAUUGGACUAUCUACCCAAAAGAGUUUUUGGCUCAGUUGACAGCGAAAUUUUUAGGCAAACCGUACGUCAUGCCGGUCGGUUCUCCACCUCAAGGUGAGGAAACGCGCUCUGAGGAUGCACUAGAUGAAGAUAUCGACGGUGCACCGCUUUCCGGAGAGGAGAAAGACGACGAAGAUCUAGACGGAGUGCCACUUGAUGGAGCUGCUUUGCUCAAAAGCGCAUUGAAGCGGGCAUUGCCUGAUGCAGAUGCUGUUACUCCGAAACGUGAUACGCCCAAGAGAGAUGAAUACCUUGAUGAAAUCGAUGGCGUACCUUUAGAUGAGGAUCUUGAUGGUGUUCCGCUCGAAAAAGAAAAUAAAUCUGCUCCUAAAAUGCCCGGUUUCAUACCCUCCAAGUGGGAGACAGUUGACCCUCAGCAAGUAGAAGCGCAGGCGAUUACUACCAGCAAAUGGGAUACGCUCGAUCCACCAGAUCCUCCAAAGUUUUUCAGCUCGGACGACGAUAGCGACGACGACAACUCCCAAAAGUUCACCGAGGAAAAUCGCCAGAAGCUAAGGGAUAUUGAAUUAAAAGCAAUUCAAUAUCAGGACGAGCUGGAGUCUGGAAAAAGGCGCCUGGAACCAGGCUGGACUGUUGCUGAACAGGUGGAAUACUUCCGCAAGCGUUUGCUAAAACAGGACUCAAGAUCUGAUUCUGUUGUGGAUUCGCCGCUAAGUUACAUGCACAGUAAAUCAAGGAGCUCCAAAGUUAGUGAGAGUGGAGCCCAAUUUAGCAGCAGUGCUCAGAAGCGAUCGCAUUCGCCUCACGCCACAGCAGAAACCAAACGUCGGGACUACUCGCCGGAUAAUUCCCGCUCCUCGAAAUCCUCGAAACGCAAUCGAACGCGUAGUCCGUCGGGAUCACCAAAGCGAUAUGGGGAGCGAUCUUCUCGCAGCUCCCGAUAUGAUAGCCCUGCAGCCAGUUCAUCUCGCUCACGCAGUUCUCCAACAUCCUUCAGCUCACGGUCUUCUCGGAGAGAGGAGUCAUCUCCUGGGCGACACCGGAGCGAUAAGCACAAACACAAGCAUAGGCACUAGAAAACCCACUUUGGACGAUUCAUAUUUCAUUAAACAUGGAGUCUACAUAAAAACA